AUGGGAUGCACUUCCUCUAAGAAUGCAUCGUCCCCAACGGUCCUGCCAAGCACUGCUGGACCGAGAGCUAUGCGAUCAAUAUCGCCCGAGAGUCGGUCCGCUAUCGAAGUUAUGGGGUGGUCUUCGAACCCUAGAUGGAUCGCUUCGAAGAAAAUGGAUUUGACGGCGAACAUAGCGAACCUAGGAGCAGAUGGGGACUCUGGUGCCGUACUGGACUCUAAGAAGAAGCCUAUCAUGCUCAUGCUCAAGUUCGGAGAAAACGCUCAGAUAUUGGACUGCUCGACUGGGCUGCUUCUACUGUCGACAAUUCAUCGAAGGGAUGACAAUGUAGUACUGACGACCCCUGAGAAUGAGGAGUUGGCCAACAUAGUGCAGCACAGGAGCGUUCUUGGCAAGACGCGGGCUGAAUGUUCCAUCACAGGUCUGGUUUUCGUUGCGGAUUCUAAUAGUAGUAUAGUAAUCUCCCACCCGAGCCGGGGAGAGGUAGCGAGAGUACAAUGGGAUAAGAACAACUAUGACGGUCAUCACUUCACG